UUAGUAAUUAACCCUAAGUGACUUUACCUUUUUUUAUUAAUCAAUCAAUUAGAUAUAGAAUCUUAUCUUAAUCUGAACCUCUUGAGUUUUAUCAUAUUUCUUUUAUCUUUUUCGAUCUUCGUUGGUAUAAAAAUCAAUCAAAAUGAUUCUACAAAUUAAUGGUCGUUUGUCUUUUAAUUGUAUUAGAAGAUUUUGUUUAACUCGAACCAUCAUGUCCGAUAAAUUUCGAGUUGAAAGUGACACUAUGGGUGAGGUCAAAGUGCCCGCUGAUAGGUUAUAUGGAGCACAAACUCAAAGAUCGAGGAAUAAUUUCAAAAUUGGUAUGUCUCGUCCAGAAGAUGCCACUUGGAGUGGUGAACAAAUGCCACUUGCAGUGAUAAAAGCGUUCGCCAUUUUAAAGAAAUCAUGUUGUAUUGUUAAUGCAAAUCAGUCAAAUAUUGAGAAGAAAACAGCGACCGCCAUUAUGAAGGCCUGUGAUGAUGUUCUAGCGGGUGUUAAUAUCGAUCUCCAAAAAGAAUUUCCUUUAGUUAUUUGGCAAACAGGUAGUGGAACGCAAUCUAAUAUGAACUGUAAUGAAGUGAUUGCAAAUCGAGCAAUUGAAAUUUUAGGCGGCCAAAGAGGUGAUAAAACUACAGUUCACCCAAAUGAUCAUGUCAACAAAGGUCAAUCAUCAAAUGAUACUUUUCCAACUGCAAUGCACAUCGCUGCAGCCAUUGAAACCAAAAGCAGAUUAAUUCCUGCCCUCGAAGGAUUAUUAGAAUCAUUGAAGAGAAAAGAAAAAGAAUUCGAACAUAUUAUCAAAAUCGGUCGAACUCAUUGUCAAGAUGCUGUACCGUUAACCUUGGGGCAAGAAUUUUCUGCCUAUGCUUGUCAAGUAGAGUUUGGUAUUGAAAGAAUCAAAUCUGCUUUGGAACCUCGAAUGUACUACCUUGCAAUCGGUGGUACCGCUGUUGGAACUGGAUUAAAUACUAAGGUGGGCUGGGAUAAAGCAGUUUCAUCGGAAAUCGCCUCUCUAACUGGUCUCCCAUUCCGUCCAGCACCAAACAAAUUUGAAGCUCUUGCUUCUCAUGAUGCAUGUAUCGAACUUUCCGGUGCAUUGAAUACAAUUGCUGCUUCUCUAAUGAAAAUCGCUAAUGAUAUACGUUUACUCGCUUCUGGACCUCGAUGUGGCCUGGGUGAGCUUAGUCUCCCCGAAUUGGAACCAGGAUCAUCAAUCAUGCCCGGAAAGGUCAAUCCAACUCAAUGUGAAGCAUUGACUAUGGUUUGUGCUCAAGUGAUUGGUAAUCAUGUUGCCGUGACCAUCGGUGGAUCCAAUGGCCACUUUGAAUUGAACGUUUUCAAGCCAAUGAUAAUUGCAAAUGUCCUAAGGUCAACUACUUUACUUGCUGAUGCAUCCAAUUCAUUUACCAAUAAUUGUGUUAACGGAAUCAAAGCAAAUGAGUCUCGAAUUGAUCAACUGUUGAAUGAAUCUUUGAUGUUAGUAACUGCUCUCAAUCCCCAUAUUGGUUAUGAUAAAUCAGCGGCAAUCGCCAAAUUAGCCCAUAAGGAAGGUUCAACCUUGAAAGCGGCAGCAAUUAAAAGUGGCUUCCUGACCGAAAGUCAAUUUGAUGAAUGGGUUAAACCUGCAAACAUGAUUGGUCCCAAAAAGUAAUCAUUUUAAUAAUUUACAAUCACCAUAAAUUAGGAAUGAAAGAAUGAAGAAACAAAAAAUCAACCAAAUAUUAAUAUAAAUGUUAAAUAUCUUAUCAAUUAAAUGAAAAUUAUUAAUAAUAA